GACUGCGAGCUGCACAGCUGGAACGUGAGCGUACGGGCUGACACGCGGUCCAGCUGCGGCCAGAUGACUGCGCGCAGCUGCUUUCUCCUACACCAACACACAUCACAUCCACAAGUUGCUUCCGAGCGCGCCACGAGAUGACUUGUGCGCACUGUAGGGUUAAUGUGCCGUAAAUAAAAAAAGAAAAAUCCCCGCAGAGCUCAUUCAGAGACACGCCAGCAUCAACUCCGAAGAAGGAUCCGAGUGCAAUUAUCUUCUGAUGAGUUUUUUUUUUUGGGUUCCAUCAUCUGCGCCUGUCUCCCUCCGCAGGACCCUGGUGUUCCCACUUCUCAGCCGAACAGGCGUUUUAAGUGUGAUGUAACGCUUUUCAUCUCAGCAGCUCACUCCACAACUGUUACCACGGUCGCCUCCUCUCUCCCAGAGCAUGGGACCCUUCAAACUCUAAAAGCAAUUACUCUCUUUCGCUUGCCUGAGAGGCACGAGAGUCAAACCGGAGAGAGAGAGAGAGAGAGAGAGAGAGAGACGAGGGGAAAAGCACAGAGGAAAGGAACGAUGGAGUCCAUAUUAUCGGAGCAGUCGGCCGCAGUGGACGAGCUGGUGGAAGCGAGCAUCCAAGCCUUCGAUGAGAGCGGCACUCUGAAGGAUGCUUCCUUGGUCCGCAUGUUUCUCAUGAUGCACCCUUGGUAUAUCCCUUCAACCGACUUGGCUAAGAAGCUAGUGCUCAAAUCUCAAGAGGACAGCAGCACUGCUGAGCGCCGAACAAGAAUAUGCCACCUGGUCAAGUACUGGAUCUCUGAGUUUCCAGCAGAGUUCAAUCUGAGCCCGGAGCUGGCCGACCAGAUCAAAGACUUUAAAGACCUCUUGACCACCGAGGGCAACGAGAGCCAGAGUCGGCUCAUUGACCUCGACAGCGUGCCGUCUUAUAAAUGGAAGCGGCAGGUGACUCAGCGUGUCCCGUCAGUGUCCAAAAAGAGGAAGAUGUCCCUGCUGUUUGACCACCUUGAUUCCUGUGAACUGGCUGAACACCUGACCUACCUGGAGUACAAAUCCUUCUGCAAGAUCCUGUUUCAGGACUACCACAGCUUUGUGAUGCAUGGCUGCACAGUGGAUAACCCCAUCCUGGAGCGUUUCAUCACGCUUUUCAACAGCGUCUCCCAAUGGAUCCAGCUGAUGGUGCUCAGCAAGCCCACCGCCCCGCAGAGAGCCGCCGUCAUCUCCCACUUCAUCAGAGUGGCACAGAAGCUGCUGCAGCUACAGAACUUCAACACGCUGAUGGCUGUGGUGGGCGGCCUCAGCAACAGCUCCAUCUCUCGCCUCAAAGACACGCAGAGCCACAUCAGCGCCGAGACCAACAAGGUUUUUAACAACCUCAUUGAACUGGUGACUUCAUGUGGGAACUACAGUCAGUACCGCAAGCGCUUCUCCGAGUGCUCGGGCUUCCGAUUCCCCAUCCUCGGCGUGCACCUGAAAGAUCUGAUAGCCGUGCACGUGGCGCUGCCUGACUGGGCCGACAAAGAGAAAACGCGGGUCAACCUGACUAAGACCCAACAGCUGUACGCCAUCCUCCAGGAGCUGGCGCUGAUCCAGACCACGCCGCCUCACGUCGACGCCAACACAGACCUGCUCAACCUGCUCACGGUGUCUCUGGACCAGUACCACACAGAGGAAGAGAUCUACCAGAUGUCUCUACAGAGAGAACCUCGCAAGCCAGCGCAGAACUCCAGCCCCGCCCCGGCGCCUGACCCCAAGCCCACCAUGAUCGACGAGUGGGCUGUGUCGGUGAAGCCCAGCGCCGACCCGACCAUCAUCAAGAAGCACAUAGAGAAGAUGGUGGAGUCGGUGUUCAAGAACUUCGACUCAGAUGGGGACGGCCACAUCUCCAGGGAUGAAUUUGAAGCAAUCAGGAACAACUUCCCAUACCUCAGCAAGUUCGGAGAACUGGACAAGAACCAAGACGGGAAGAUCAGCAGAGAGGAGAUGGUAGACUACUUCAUGAAAGCCAGCUCUCUGCUCAACUGCAAGAUGGGUUUCAUCCACACUUUUACUGAGAGCACAUACGUCAAGCCCACGUUCUGCGAGCACUGCGCCGGCUUUGUGAUCGGUGUGUUCCAAAGAGGUUUGAAAUGCUUUGCCUGCGGGGUGAACUGCCACAAGGCCUGCCGAAGCCGCCUGGCCGUCGAGUGCCGGAAGAGGACCAAGAGCAUAAGCCACGAGACGCCGCCAGCCCUCCAGGCCAGAUCCUACAGCUUCCCUCCACCUGCUAACACCCCUCCCAGCCUGCAGAACACAGUAAUUGCUGAAGAGGAUAUAGAGACAGUGGAGGAAGGAGUGUUUGAUGUCCACCUUUAACCAGAAUCCCUCCUACGGUUGGCGUGCAAGAAGCCAAAUCAGCGUCAGAGUGUCGGGAGCCAGACACAGAAUGUGCUACAGUAGGUCAGCUUUACAACCCUCAACACUGCUGAGAAACUGCACUGAACACAAGCCAGGACACCAUCAUGCUGCCACACAGUGGACACAUACUGCAACAGCAACUCCACCUAACACAUGAAAUUGACCACCGAUGUGAAUCCAAUGUCUUUGUAUGAUUAUGAUGUACAAUUUCUGCAUUUUGAUUCAGUGUUGACCAAGAGUGUUACUGUAAAACCCAAUAUAUAUUACAACAAAAAAAAAUCCACAAAAUUGUAUUUUCUUGGUGGAAUGUCAUAAUUUGAGCGCACUUUGCCGCAAAUUGGAAUGGAUGUCUCCUUUUUUUUUUCUUCUUUAAAACAUAAAAGAGGUGCUGUUAUUGCCAAGAAUGUAAACCUGCCAUCCAGACAAAGCUACCGUCUUUCUUCGUCUGAGAAGCUCUGCUUUAUAUUGUUCAUCGUCUUGUUUUGAAUUCCAUUUCAGUGGACCACUAAUAGGACCAAUUUUGAUGUCAGAUAAAAUAUUGUUGAUUCUUGGUGGCCAUCUGAAGCAUGAUGACUAAAGCAACCAUUUUGCCAACAAAUCAAAGAGCUGAAAUGACAUGUGUGGACAGUAAUAACGAGAAUGGACUUUGAACAAUGUUCUAUUUUGUCCUGUUUACCUGAAUAUCAGUAACCGUCCUAUAGUUAUUGCUGUGGUGUUGUUUUCGGUAUCCAGUACGGUAUUGUACCAGUGCAUUGAUAGACGAUCUCUCCUCCGUCAGUACUGUGAAUGUAGCACAAACCGUGACGUGCUGCUGUCAGAUGAAGAAUUGGAUUUCCCCCUAAUAAAAGUUCUGUGUGUUGACAGCAGAGAGCUGGAGAUGGGCUUCCCACUGAUUCCUCUAUCCGUUUCUGAAGAAGCCUCGGAGCUCUGAGAACCGUCAGUAAAAAUGAAAUAAUCAAAAGAAUAACUAAAGUAUAAUGAAGCUCUUCAUUUGACAGCAGCAGUGUAUAAAUAUUAUAUUUUUUCCCUGAGAAUCUGUUUUGAUGCAAGUUGUAUUUGACUUCUUUUUUUUUUAUCCUGCAUGCUUCUCCUUUCAUGGCUCUAUUGUCUAGCCAGGCGUCUUUUUUUAUUUUAUUUUAUUUUUUUUAAAUGUAGCACACCAAGUUAUCAUUUAUUUAGGAAACAUGAAGUGUUGAAAUUCCAGAAAGAGGAACUGUUUCUGUUGCUUUGUGCCUGUGGAGAGAUGAAUUCAGACUUUCAGUACCAUAUUGUUAAGUGCUGCUUUGUCAUUGAAUGAGACUCCUCGCGUUGCUGGUAUUUAUUUUUCUGUAUAAAUAGCUGAUUAGCUGCCGGGUCCUUCUGUGUCACUGCCUGUCUGACGAAAUAUGUUUGUUGUCAUUCUGUGAAUGAACCCUUCAGACCGAUGUCAUGCUACUCCUUGUGGUUCCCAGACGAUUUCCUAGUAUUAAAUGCAGCAAGCGUCACUUUAA